AUGAAGAAUUUGCACAUCAAUCUCCCUUUCAUUGAAGUUGUGACACAAAUGCCAUCCUACUCUAAGUUCCUCAAGGAUAUUCUCACCAACAAAAGGAAUCUCAAUGAUGAGCUUAUCACCCUUCCACAUCAAGUGAGUGCUCUUAUCCAACAUAAGAUGCCCAAGAAGGAAAUAGACUCGGGGAGUUUCACUUUGCCUGUAAAAAUUGGGAACAUGGAAGCUAGGGGUGCAUUGGCCGAUCUUGGAGCAAUGAUGGAUAAGGAGGAAGAUGUUGACACUCCUUUGAUCUUGGGUCGUGAAGCUCUUAAAAAUUUGGGGGCGGUCAUCAAUUGCAAGAACAACACCAUCACAUGUGAGGUGGCCGAUGAGAAGAUUGUCUUCGAGUUUUCUAAGUUGCUCAAGACCCCCAUGGUUGAAAAAUGCUAUAGGGUUGACAUUAUGAAUGAGGAAAUAGACCGAUUAGGGAGGGUCAUAAUGAAGCCUCGAGAUCCAAUGGAAUAA